AUGUUGGCUGGACAAGGACAAGGAUUGGGCUCUGCAGCUGCACAGGCAGGAUUUGCGAGAGGCGCUGCGAUGCAAGAGCACAGUCAUGCAUUGGAAGGGGCGAUGGGCAUGAAGCCAGGCACUGCAAGGAUCCGCGAGGUGUGGAGGCACAAUCUCGAUGCGGAAUUCCAUGUCCUCCGUCAAUUGGUUCAGAAGUAUCCAUAUGUCUCCAUGGAUGCCGAAUUCCCGGGAAUCGUCGCGCGACCGAUUGGCACUUUUGCGGGUAGUAAAGCAGAGUACCAUUAUCAGACGCUGCGAUGCAACGUGGACAUUCUCAAGCCCAUCCAAAUAGGCAUCACAUUAUGGACUGCCGAGGGUGACCUGCCACCACAACAAGACUCGAAUAUCAACAUCCUUCCCAUCAAUAAAAUCCAGGCGUACAACAGCGGCCUCAUGGGCGGUGCACAGCAUAUCCCGUGCACCUGGGUCUUCAAUUUUCAAUUCAACCUCGAUGAAGACAUGUACGCCGAAUCGAGCAUCGAAAUGCUAAAGCAGAGCGGCGUUGACUUUCAACGAAAUCACGAAAUGGGAAUUGCGCCACAUGCCUUUGGAUCACUUCUCACCACAUCAGGUCUCGCAUUCAACCCAGAAGUUCAUUGGCUUAGUUUCCACUCUGGUUAUGACUUCGGUUACCUGAUUAAACUUCUCUCGGACGACGCUCUUCCCAACGACCAAGGCGAGUUCUUUGAGCUCGUCAGUAUGUACUUCCCCAAAUUAUGGGACAUCAAAUUCCUGCUCCGUCACGCUCAACGCAUGCGAAACGCAAACCGCCUCCCAGCUGAGGGAAUCCGGAUCGUCGACUCUCUCGGACAGAAAUCCGGUCUGCAGGAUCUAGCCGAAGAGUUGGGUUGCCAGCGCGUCGGUACAGCCCACACCGCCGGCUCCGACGCCUGGCUGACCGGUUCCGUGUACUGGGCGAUGAAGUCCAAGAUUUUUGCCGGCAACCUCGAGGACGAGCAAUCCGAUCAGAUCUACGGGCUUCACGGUCAAUAUCGCGAGGAGUUCUUCGCCGCACAGGGCACGCCUGGCCAGCAGACUAACGGUCUGGGCAGCGCCGCCGGUGCGAACUUUACUCCCGGCAGCAACAAUCCUUCUACCCCUACCAACCAGCACGCCGGUCUGAAUAGCACCCAGACGCCUGUCGGGCACUAUGGCGGAGCCGGUGGGGCUGGAGGACAUGGAUUUGGAAACUUCCAGUAUGGAAAGUAG